GCUUGGCGCUUUUCCUUGUCCAUGGAGUUUCAUCCUUCGUCAUUCCCUCAUCAUCUUUUGACUCUGGAGGCAUCUUUUUAACUUCUUAAGUUCAUUUGAGGCUCGAGAUGCUGAUGACUUUUCCUCCGAGCACUUGUACUCGCAUCUCUUCAAGUUGUCGUUAUUUUCUUGAGUACAAGAAUUUGUCUCCCUCUCCCUCUCCACUCACUUUCAUCCGCUGCUCCAAUUCUAUUCAUUCCACGUUCAUUACCUCAUGGAGUAGUGCCUGCAAAGAAAUAGAGUGGAUUUCCUAUCUUGGCCUAAAUUCUGCUUUGGCGAUGGCUGCGGUAGGGUGGAAUAAAUAAAAUGACGCAAAAUGGGUCAACCAAAUGAGGAUAAGAGCAAAGGGAUCCGAUUCUCUCAUGGUGUGAUAUCUAUGAUAUGCAGGAGAGCUGUACCUUUUCUAUAAGUUGAAAGAUUGGGAAAAGCGUUGGCAUUGUAAAGGGAUUAUAGAGUAAAAGCAUGUGAUAUAUCGAAGGAAAAGAAAAAGAUCGGCUCCCAUAUAUUCCGCCGGUUGGCACCUUCAUCCUUCGCGAAGAACAGGAAUCCCAAGUUGAAGAACAAUCCACAGCAAAGAAAACUGAUUUCCAUGGCCACUAAGUUUUGGUAGACCGAGCGGGAUUCAAGAAAAAGGGUCGAACUGUACGAUCGGAGUACAUACGUCAGGACCAGAUCCAAAAGGAUUGUCUUGCUGGGGCUUCACAUGCUUCGGAAUCCUCCGUUCAAAAUUGUCGUCUGUACGGCACUUUGAAUUGAAGACUGUCACAUGGGCGAGAAUCCGCGACCGAGGGGGUGGUUGCCUUCGAGGACUUUGAAGUCUCGGCGCUGAACUUGGACUCUCGAUUCUGGAGCUGGAUCAUUGGCUUCGACAAUCCCCAGAUAUUCUCCUACGUCCUUAGCAGAAUGUCCGCUGAGCUCUCGCGAUAACUUCUGCAGGACUCCAAGAGAAAACACAUCGACGAAGGGUUAAUCCCUCGAGGUGAGACAUGUCAUUUAGC